UUAAGAGCAAAAACAGCCAGCUGAAACAGUUACUGUCUUAAAUUUCCAUAUUUGUCUUAAAUCAUCUGGUAACCAUGCCAAGGUUGGAUCCUUUUGCAUAUUGUCCAUUAGCGUGCGAAAUGUCAAGACUUUAACUUUAUAUUCCAAAGGUCGACAUACAGAACCACUCCAACAUUUUGGUCCCAGAUCAUUGUGUGAAUGUUCCGAAUGGCAAACGGCAUUAAGUAAAUAUCUGGGAAAAUGUUGCUGGCCUAAAUCCACUAAAUCAUUCUAAAAGAGAUUUUGAACGACUUUUAAUACAAUACAAUUGCAAGAAUUGGAAAGAGCUUUUCAACGUACUCACUAUCCCGAUGUAUUUUUCCGUGAGGAAUUGGCUGUGCGCAUAGAUUUAACUGAGGCUCGAGUUCAAGUAUGGUUUCAAAAUCGUCGUGCUAAAUGGCGUAAACAAGAAAAAGUUGGUCUGAAAGAUGGGGACGAUAUACAAUCCUAUGAUGGUAGUGUGAUGGCACAUCUGGAUCAACCUUUAGGUACAACAUUGUUACCUGAUACUCCACCACAAUCAUCGAAUUCUUUAGACAAUGAAAGUAAAACACCCUUCAGUCAUGACAAUGGCAGUGGUGGAGAAAGAGCAGAUGAAUGUAUUGUAGGAGAUGGUGGGGGGGUUACAACACCUUCACGCAUGUCCCCUAAUAUUUUUCUUAAUCUAAAUAUCGAUCAUAUGGGUCUAGAACGCGGUGGCAGUUUGUCAAUGGAAUGGUCAACAUAUCCUCCAUCUACACUGGCCAAUAAUAGUUUGGUCUCAAUGCCUUCGACAUCAACUAAAUCACCAACACUUUCAUUUCAAUCGCUACCACCUACCUCUUCAUCAUCAAUGAUGAAAACUCAAGACAAUCUAAUUCUACAACAGCACCAACAUCUUCAUCAUCAUCCUCAGCAGCAGCAACAACAUUGCGAUAACAGCCAUGCACAGAGUCUGAUCAGUGAUAAUUGCUUCAAUGGCUCAUUGGAUUUAAUAGAUAACAACACCUCCAACUCAACAUAUGAUGAAAUGAAAUUCUUAAAUGUUGAUCAGUACACCAUUGAACAACUAAAGGCCGAGUGUAUUUUAAAUAUGGAUCAAGCAUUAUCUCUGGACGAUCCGGACAAGUCUCAACAAAUGAAUUUACAAAAUUCCCUAACACAAACGCUGUCAUUUGAAAAUUUACAACAGCCAUUAAAUCAAGUCUCCUCCCACAGUCAUCAUUCCCUGUUUCAGCAGGAUCAAACCCAGGAAAGUGAUCAAUUUAUGCUGUCAAACAAUUGUCAUCACCAACAUCAUCCAAACAUGAAUACAUCUCACAUACAACUGCAAAAUAUGCAACAAUUAAAUAACGAUUCACUACACCAGCAUCUACACUCGUUAAGUAUGGAUUUGCCUGUGUUCGGUUUGACGGGCAUGGGUUCAAAAUCACCACCUCUGCUGGUGCUAGAUAAACCGUUGUCAUUAAACAUCGGUGUGGAUGGUAUUAGUGAUUUGGUAGAUGACAAAUAUUAAGUUAAAAACUGUUAAGCAAUUAUUGUAUUGUGUGUAUGUAUUUGUUUUAAGUUACAAAUAUUCUAAUAUAUCUACUCCAUUUUCAAUUGCAAUGAACUUUAGAAAUUCAAAACUAUUUCAAUCGGUUUUUUUUUUAGCUUUCUCUGAUUCUGUUAAUAACCAAAAACAAGUUAAUCUGACCUUACACACAUUUCAUUCUG